AUGCCUGCACUGUUUGCCUUAGACGAUUAUCAAUCUUGUAUUAGUGAUCCUAUAGGUGUAUAUUGCUUAGCACGAUUUGACUUGCACUCUGAUCAACGAAGUCAGCUUAUUACACUUAUAAAAGAAUAUUCGGACGACCAAAUAAAGCAUUAUAAUCAUUCGCAUGUAGAAAGAGGCAUCUGUGUAACCAAAACUUGUAGAAAGAUUUUAGGAGACAAAGCCAUUGCAAAAGGAGUGGACCUGACAGAUACCCUUGAGAAAUGCUUUAAUAAAUCCUUGUGGGAGGACUACGAGUUAAAAGCAAAACUAUCUCUGGUAUAUUAUUGUGAUACAUACGGUGAAGAAGACGAAAUCGAUCUUGGUGAAAAAGUUUUUAUGAGCACCAUAAUUUUUAUAUUAAUUUUAAAUAUAGCUGGAAACUGUUACGAUAUUUAUGUUAAGAAAACAGGACGAAAUUUAAAUGGGCUAGCGAAAAAUAAGAAGAAAAACAAGUUAGUAAACGGAUUAUUCACGUUAUACAUUUUUUCAAAGGGCUUCAACAAAACAUCUGCCCACGGUCCUCCAAACUGUGGAUUAACGUUAGUAAAACUUGUAUCUGAAGUUCGUGGUGGUCUUAUUUUCAAACUCAAGUUAAAAUGCGUGUUGUGCAAUAUGACUUUCAUUCUGGAAGCUGAUCAUCCCGGAGACGAACUGGACAUCAUCAGCAGUGCAGUUGCUGGUUCUAUAGCAAUUGUAUGUCUCAUGUCAAUGGUUUCGCUCCUAUUAGCGAUAAGUUAUUUACGAAGAAAAUGGACCUGGUAA